UGGAUAGCAAAUUUUAUUAAUAAUAAAAAUAAUAAUUAUCAUAAUAUAAUAAGCAAAUAAACUUUUAAAAUCUGAAAUGUCCAAGUUACCAAAGGCAUCUCUUAGUUUAAAGCAGUUUAUGCUGCGCCAGGAGGUCUUGAAGCUCUAUCGGGACAUCUUCCGUACCAUUCGCCAAGUUCCUGACAAAAGCAGUCAGGUAGAGUUGAGAUCCUGGGCGAGACACGAUUUCCAGACGAAUCGCCAUCAGAGCGACGAAGUGGCCAUAAAAAUGCUCAUCCAGCACGGCAGACGCAGCCUCACAGAACUAAAGACUAGCCUCCAAUUGAGUGGAGUCAGCGAAGGCAAAUAGAAACAAUAUUAAAGAGAAAUCUUAGCUUAAUUUGAUUUUAUUUUUGAGCUCGACAACCGUACGAAAAUAAAUACGAGUUAAGACUAA